AUGAGAUGGAGUGAAAUGAAAUUACUUUAUCCAGAAUGGGAUUUCAACCUAGUGAUCACGGCUGAUAAAGUAACCAAACUUAAAAGCAAAUUUCUCUAUGUAUGGUCAAGAAUUGGAAAAAAGUUUUGUGACGAAUUUGAUAUGGCUUAUGUUACAAUGAAUACACCAAAAGGUCUAUCAGAAUCUUUUCAUUAUAUCUUAUUGUUGGAUAGUUCUGGCUCCAUGCAUGGUAACAGAUGGUCAAAUUUAUUAGCUGGAGUUAACGAGUUGAUUACAGCACGUAAAAACAAUGGUACUGAUGAUUGUGCUACGAUCAUAAUAUUUAGUGACAAAGCGAAUUGUUUUUGUGUUAAGAAAUCAAUGAAAGAUGUUGAUACAAAAAAAAUACAAUUUAUUGGUGGUGAGACAGACUUUGGUCCACCAUUUGAAUUGGUAUUGAAAACACUAGAAAGCAAUACGACAGAGAAAACAAUUUUAAAAUCUAUUAUUGUAUUUAUGAGUGAUGGUGAAGCGUUGUAUCCAGAAAAACAAUUAAAUAGUUUGGCAACCAAAGCAGAUACUCAAAUUAAAGAGUUUUGGACUGUAGCUUUAGGUGAAAACAAAAUGGAUGUCUUAGAAAAAAUCAGUCAAAAAAUGAAAGGAGUCUAUAAACAAUUAAAAGAUUCCAGUGAAUUAGUUCAAGCCUACGCCGAAAUUGUUCAAUGA